AUGGAAGACGUCGCCGUCGAAAAAGUGGGCGCCGUCCACGUUGAAGCCGAAUCCAUCUCCUCGACCUCCAGUCAUCCUGAUGUUUCGCCGACCCGAACCGACCUCACAGCGAAAGAGCAGUAUGCCAAACUAUGGGCAGCGAUCAAGGCCGAGAAACGCUUUGUCUGGUUCACACUGUACUGCAUGCUUCUUGUCUUCGGAUGGGGCUACGAUGCAGGUUUGUCUGGUGUGGCGAUUGCCUUCCCGGAGUUCAGAGAAGUCUAUGGCAACUACUACGCCGAGGGCAAACAAUGGGUCAUUCCUGCACUCUGGCAAUCUCUCUGGAAUGCAGCUUCCACGAUUGGGCAGGUAUUUGGCGGGUAUGCGGCUGGUCAGUUCGCAGAUGUCUGGGGACGCAAGUUCUUGCUCUACACUGCCGUCAUCCUGUCGCUGGCAUCGUCUUUCGCCCUGGUCUUCGCACCCAACCUGCCAGUGCUGUUCGUCUCGAAGCUACUUCUUGGUCUCUCUGUCGGCCUCUCGACAGCUACACCACCACUGUACGUUACCGAGAAUGCUCCAGCAAAUCUCAGGUCGACCGCUUCUUCCCUCACCAACGUCAUCAUCGUCCUCGGCUUUUUCUGUUCUUCCCUCACUGGCUACGGCUCCUCGAAGAUCCAAGGCAUAUGGUCAUUCAAAUUGGCCUUCUGCAUGACGUUCGUGGUCCCUGCUCUCUAUCUAAUUGGCCUGCCGUUCCUCCCUGAAUCCCCGGUCUGGUACAUGAAGAAGGGUCGGGAAGAAGAUGCACGCAAGGCUGUCCUCAGGCUCUAUGGCAACAGCACCGACGUCGAGGCUAAACUCGCUACCAUCAAAAAAGAACUCCACGAAGAAGAGCAACAAGCCAAUGGAGUCAGCCAGACCAGCUGGCGUGCCAUCUUCAGCAAGGAGCACCGAGCCCGGACUUUUGUGGCUGUCCUCGGUCUCCAGUCGCAGAACUUCAGUGGUGGCUACUUCGCGAACACUUAUCAAACGUUUUACUUUGAAUUGAUUGGCCAGAGCGACCCCUUUCAACUCACUGCCAUCUCGUCGACACUCCAGCUGUUGUCGAACUUCGUGGCGGUCUGCGUUUCAGACAUCGUACCACGCCGAGUGGGCCUUGUCGGUGGAGGCACUCUGCUUAUAUUCUGGUCCGUUAUCAUCGGCGGGACAUCUUUGGCCUCUACUACAAAUCAUGCCGCCAACAUCGCUCUCCUGGCAUUCAUGAUCACCUGGUCGAUGCUCUACACUGCAACCGUAGGAUGUUAUGGUUGGGCCGUUGCUCAAGAGACUUCAGCCCAAGCCACUCGUCCAAAGACCAUCUCCUUCGUCCUGGUCUGCCAGCAACUUACCGCCCUCUUGGUGUCUUCGGUCUUCCCAUACUUCAUCAACCCGGAUCAGCUGAAUUGGGGCGGCAAGAUCAUGUUCCUCUUCGUCGGUGCCGAGCUGUUCAUUAUGGCAGCACUCUACUUCCUUCAACCAGAGACGAAGAAUCGAACGAAUGCAGACAUCGAUGCGCUUUAUGCCAACCGUGUACCGGCACGAAAGUUCAAGCGGUUCGAUGUUGUCGAAGGACAAGUCAUUGAGAAGAGCAAUGCGAAGGACAGCUUCCUGAGCCGAUUCUCGAGGAAGGCAUAG